UAUCCAGUAUUGUAUGUAGACAUACAAGUACAUCUAUUAAAGAAUAAAGUACUAUACAAGGACAAAUCUGACAAAUACAAUAGGUAUGGACUGGAAAAAAACUGGUUUAAGGUAUUGUUGAUUCUAGAUUAAGUCAUGGCCUGCCCACAUUUAUAAAUAAAGGCACUGAUCAGUUUCCUGCAGUUCAGCAUCACUGUAUUCUGGUAAAGCUGCUGAAGAAAGACUCUCCCUGAGUUUGCUCUGCUCUACAUUUAUCUCUGGUAAAAUGUAUUUUCUGUAUUUCAUUUUUUUUUUUUUUUUUUAAUGUAAAUACACCAAUGUUCCAAAGGUUGUAUUUGCACUUUUUGCAUUACAAACUAAUUUGUAACUUUGUACAUUAGUUAUAAAUUUUUAUACUAUUUAUUACAUAAUAUGUUUGCUUUUAUUUAUUUAUUUAUUUUUUAAUUUUACAUUUUAUUUUGUGUGUGUGUGUGUGUGUGUUCGUUCAUAUAAAUGUGCAGGUGCAGUUUCUCAUAAUGAAGUUUUUAAUCUCAUCGUGUGUGUCUCUGCUGCUGCUGAUUAAUGGUGGAAUAAUCAAUGGACAAACACCAGGCCAACUACAAACUAGUGCAGCACCACAGACAGCAGCGACAUUGAACACUACUGCCUCACAACCUGGAGUCAAAGCUCUCAAGUUGGUGAAUGGAUCCAACCUCUGUUCUGGAAGAGUGGAGGUUCUCCACAAUGGAAUAUGGGGAACAGUGUGUGAUGAUCUGUGGGAUUCUACAGAUGCGGCAGUGGUGUGUAGAGAACUGGGCUGUGGGAGUGUUAUAGAAGCAAAGAGUAAUGCUUAUUUUGGACAAGGUUCUGGACAAAUAUGGUUGGAUGAUGUCCAGUGCCGUAGAAAUGAAUCUACACUGGAAAACUGUUCAUCAAGUGGAUGGGGAUCACAUAACUGUGGGCACAAUGAAGAUGCUGGAGUCAUCUGCCAAGGCCAGCUACAAACUAGUGCAGCACCACAGACAGCAGCGACAUUGAACACUACUGCCUCACAACCUGGAGUCAAAGCUCUCAAGUUGGUGAAUGGAUCCAACCUCUGUUCUGGAAGAGUGGAGGUUCUCCACAAUGGAAUAUGGGGAACAGUGUGUGAUGAUCUGUGGGAUUCUACAGACGCAGCAGUGGUGUGUAGAGAACUGGGCUGUGGGAGUGUUAUUGAAGCAAAGAGUGAUGCUUAUUUUGGACAAGGUUCUGGACAAAUAUGGUUGGAUGAUGUCCAGUGCCGUGGAAAUGAAUCUACACUGAAAAACUGUUCAUCAAGUGGAUGGGGAUCACAUAACUGUGGGCACAAUGAAGAUGCUGGAGUCAUCUGCCAAGGCCAGCUACAAACUAGUGCAGCACCACAGACAGCAGCGACAUUGAACACUACUGCCUCACAACCUGGAGUCAAAGCUGUCAAGUUGGUGAAUGGAUCCAACCUCUGUUCUGGAAGAGUGGAGGUUCUCCACAAUGGAAUAUGGGGAACAGUGUGUGAUGAUCUGUGGGAUUCUACAGACGCAGCAGUGGUGUGUAGAGAACUGGGCUGUGGGAGUGUUAUUGAAGCAAAGAGUGAUGCUUAUUUUGGACAAGGUUCUGGACAAAUAUGGUUGGAUGAUGUCCAGUGCCGUGGAAAUGAAUCUACACUGAAAAACUGUUCAUCAAGUGGAUGGGGAUCACAUAACUGUGGGCACAAUGAAGAUGCUGGAGUCAUCUGCCAAGGCCAGGCACAAACUAGUGCAGCACCACAGACAGCGACAUUGAACACUACUGCCUCACAACCUGGAGUCAAAGCUCUCAAGUUAGUGAAUGGAUCCAACCUCUGUUCUGGAAGAGUGGAGGUUCUCCACAAUGGAAUAUGGGGAACAGUGUGUGAUGAUCUGUGGGAUUCUACAGACGCAGCAGUGGUGUGUAGAGAACUGGGCUGUGGGAGUGUUAUUGAAGCAAAGAGUGAUGCUUAUUUUGGACAAGGUUCUGGACAAAUAUGGUUGGAUGAUGUCCAGUGCCGUGGAAAUGAAUCUACACUGAAAAACUGUUCAUCAAGCGGAUGGGGAUCACAUAACUGUGGGCACAAUGAAGAUGCUGGAGUCAUCUGCCAAGACCAGCUUCAAACUAGUGCAGCACCACAGACAGCAGCGACAUUGAACACUACUGCCUCACAACCUGGAGUCAAAGCUCUCAAGUUGGUGAAUGGAUCCAACCUCUGUUCUGGAAGAGUGGAGGUUCUCCACAAUGGAAUAUGGGGAACAGUGUGUGAUGAUCUGUGGGAUUCUACAGAUGCGGCAGUGGUGUGUAGAGAACUGGGCUGUGGGAGUGUUAUAGAGGCAAAGAGUGAUGCUUAUUUUGGACAAGGUUCUGGACAAAUAUGGUUGGAUGAUGUCCAGUGCCGUGGAAAUGAAUCUACACUGAAAAACUGUUCAUCAAGUGGAUGGGGAUCACAUAACUGUGGGCACAAUGAAGAUGCUGGAGUCAUCUGCCAAGGCCAGGCACAAACUAGUGCAGCACCACAGACAGCAACAUUGAACACUACUGCCUCACAACCUGGAGUCAAAGCUGUCAAGUUGGUGAAUGGAUCCAACCUCUGUUCUGGAAGAGUGGAGGUUCUCCACAAUGGAAUAUGGGGAACAGUGUGUGAUGAUCUGUGGGAUUCUACAGACGCAGCAGUGGUGUGUAGAGAACUGGGCUGUGGGAGUGUUAUUGAAGCAAAGAGUGAUGCUUAUUUUGGACAAGGUUCUGGACAAAUAUGGUUGGAUGAUGUCCAGUGCCGUGGAAAUGAAUCUACACUGAAAAACUGUUCAUCAAGUGGCUGGGGAUCACAUAACUGUGGGCACAAUGAAGAUGCUGGAGUCAUCUGCCAAGAUGUGAGUGACCCCUGUUCUGAGCUCAACUGCACUGAGGAUGAAUUGUGUGGAGAGAAAAAUGGUGUUUACGGCUGUUUCUGUAACGAGAGCCAUCGAAGACCCGACCCAGACUCUUUUGAUUUUUCUGAAGUUUGUGAAAGCAGCUCUGGUUCCAUGUCUCUGUCUCGCUGUCUGCUCUUUGAGGCUGGUUUUCCUGCUGACAACUUACACCUCAAUGACCCCAGCUGCAAAGGAACAGUCCGGAAUGGCAGAGUGGAGUUCUAUUUUGACAACAAUGACCAUAUCUGUGGUACAAAUCUUGUGGACAAUGGCACCCACUUCAUCUAUGAGAACUUUAUUUUUGGAGCUCAGGACUUGACCAAAGGUCCCAUCAGCAGGAAGAGAAUUCUGAAGCUGAAUUUCAGCUGUAUAUACCCCCAAACUGAAACACUUUCUUCAAAUAUGGAAAUCAAUCCACUAGAGAGCAUUGUCCACAAGAAGCUUCCUGCUGGUCAAGGGAGAUAUCAGGUCAGGAUGUUUCUGUAUCAGGAUGCUGAGUUCUCCCAGCCCUUCAAUGGAAGUGUGAACGUGGAGAUAAACCAGCAGAUGUUCGUGGAAGUUCGUGUUGAGGGGGUUGAUAGCCGUCAGUUUGCCACAGUAAUUGACAAAUUUUGGGCGACACCUGCGAGUGAUCCUCAUCACUCUGUCCGCUGGGACCUCAUCAGCAGAGAGUGUCCCAAUCCAAAUGACGACACAGUUGAGCUGCUGCAGAAUGGAGUCUCCACAUCCAGCCGUUUUUCCUUCAGGAUGUUUGUCUUCACUGCAAACUCCACUAAGGUUUACCUGCACUGUACUGUUCACCUUUGCCUUCUGAAAGGAAAUCACUGCUCAACUCACUGUGACUCUGAACACCACUGGAGAGAGAGCAGGUCUGUGGAAAUCCAUGACAGUGCGUUCAUCUCCAUGGGUCCCCUGAUGUUGUCUGAAACUAACUAAGUGUUUUUUUUGUUGUUGUUGUUGUUGUUUUUUUUUUAAUAACUCUUAUCUAAUUCAGUUGUGUGAUGUAUUGUUGCAUAUUUGCUAUAUCUCUGUUUUGAAUCUUUUACAUAUCACUGUAUUAUAUUUCUUGUUCAUGGGUAUUUGGGCCCCAGAACAACAGAACAUAUCCACGGCUCCAAGUAUGUGUGGUUCUUUGAUUAUAUUAUUUGUUUCUCAUUUUUUUUCUACAUGCAUGUCAUGUUUAUACAUACAUCUCACUUGAGUAUUGACUCUCUUUCCCUGUACCUGAUACUGAUUGCCUCCACACCUGUUCUCCAUCUACCGGUUUAUUUAAGGCACUCUCUCACACUCAUACUUUGCAAAGUUUUGUCUUUGCCUUGGCUUACAUUACUGAGUGUUCUGUUGUUACGUUUGCCUUGCCUGUGUUCGACCCUGGACUUUUUAUCCUGUUUUGACUCUUUGUUGCCUGCCUAUUGUUCCUGCUUCAUUUAUCUGAAUAUAUCCUGUGAUUGCUUGCUGCCUGCCCUGAUCUUGUGCCUGUUUUAUAAAAUCGUCUCUGUUUUGAAUUGGAUAUUACUAUUGCUGAUGAUCGACCCCUGCCUGUCUGCAUUACUGCUUUUACUAUUAAUAAAGCCACAAACGGAUACCAACUCUGCUGAUUCAUCAUUACAGUGAUACUGAUGCCGCACUGCUACAAGCUGUGUUUCUCUUUUAUGUUGUUAUACAAAUUUAAAUGUUUUAAUUACCAGUUCUGAGGGAUCUAUUGGUGGGUAC